AUGUUUGGUCUCCCACCAUCAACUUUUUAUCAUCCAUCUUUCAUGUAUGUACCAACUCAUGAUAUGACUAAAACAAGUACACCUGAUGGAAAACGAAAACAAUCCGGCAAAUGUCAAUCUCUAAUGAAAAAGUUUUGUAAUAAUAAUAAUAAUUCCGAUCGUCCGGUGAAAAAAUCUUCAUUUGAUAUUGAAUCAUUAUUAGAAUUAAAAACAAAAGAUAAUCAAAUAUCCAAUCGUAGUUAUAAUGAAGAUACAGAAGAUGGUUCAAGUGAUGAUGGUCAUACAUCAUUUCGUAGUCCACCAAUAUCAUCCUAUGCUCUAUUUAAUCAACUUAAAACACUUGAUAUGACAAUAAAUAAUACUACGAAUAAUAAAAAUGAUCUUACACCUUCAUCAUCAUCUGAAUCAGAUCAUUCUCCAUAUCGUAAACAUUUAACAAGUUCUCGUCAUGGAAUGAAUCAUAAAAAUAAACCAAAACGUAUUCGUACAAUAUUUACACCUGAACAACUUGAAAGACUUGAAUUAGAAUUUGAUAAACAACAAUAUAUGGUUGGAAAUGAAAGAUUUUAUUUAGCAACAACACUUGAUUUAACUGAAGCACAAGUUAAAGUUUGGUUUCAAAAUCGUCGUAUUAAAUGGCGUCGUCAGGCAUUAGAUGAUCAUCAACAGCGAUUAACAUCAUUUGCUGGUAAUCCACCAACAUCUCAAACAACAACUGAUGAACAUCAUAAUUCAGACUCUGAUGACUAA